AUGAUGCCAAUGCUGAAUUUUAAGAUAUCUUAAAAUAUGAGUUAAAUGGAUUUGAGUUCGAAAUCAAAAUUAAAGUAGACAAAGAUAAAUUUUUUGGAUGAAAGAACUCUCAUAAACAACUUCACAAAGGGAGUUCAAGAAUAUUCCUUAUAAGAAUCUGGUUCAGAAGUAUUGAAAUAUUAAAGAUAGCAAGGUUAUUCCCAAAACAUUAUCGAUGUCUAACAAGGAUGGUCUGAUUGUUUGCAAAAAUAAUGUGGAUUAAACCUUAUAAGACUCAUUACCAGUAAUUAGAAGUAUAGUUUUUGGAAAAUGA